UUAAACGAAAAUUGUGGGCUCAAAGUCUAAUUGAGAAAAAAAAAAAAAAACCAUCCAUAGCUUUGAGCCUGUCUGCCUCGAAGCUCUAAAAGAUUAAAGCUUUCUGCAUCUCCCCAUCCCUUCUCAUCUCAUCACCAACAAAAUGCCUCAGCUUGCACCACCGUCACACCCACCACAUCCCCACUUGUUACUCCUCUUCCUCCUCCCUUUCCUCCUCAUCUCCGCCAUAAAUGCAAGCUCAUCAACCACCACGCAAAAAUUCAAAGAAUCCCCACAAUUCUACAACUCCCCUGCCUGUCCUUCCCUAAAUAGUGGUAACAUCAAUGACAUGUGCUCCGAUCUUGCCAUCCAUGUGGCAAUGACUCUCGACGCCGCCUACCUCCGCGGCUCAAUGGCCGCCAUUCACUCCGUCCUCCAACAUGCCUCCUGCCCUCAAAACCUCCGCUUUCACUUCAUCUCCUCCACGAACCACCACCACCUCCUCCUCACCAUUUUUAACUCCUUUCCCUCACUCAAAUUCCAAAUCUACCCCUUCGACCACACUACCGUUUCCGGCCACAUCUCCACCUCCAUCCGCUCCGCCCUCGACUGCCCUCUCAACUACGCCCGCAACUACCUUGCCGACCUCCUCCCGCUCUGCAUCCACCGCAUCGUCUACCUAGACUCCGAUCUCGUCCUCGUUGACGACAUUUCCAAGCUGGCGGCCACCCCACUCGGCGACCACGCUGUCCUCGCCGCCCCAGAGUACUGCAACGCCAACUUCACCUCGUACUUCACUCCCACAUUUUGGGCAAACCCCACUCUGUCACUAACCUUCGCCGGACGAAAUGCGUGUUACUUCAACACCGGUGUUAUGGUAAUAGAUUUGGAACGGUGGCGCGACGGUGAAUACACGACGAAGAUAGUGGAGUGGAUGGAGCUGCAAAAGAGAAUGAGGAUCUACGAGCUGGGGAGCCUGCCGCCGUUCUUACUAGUUUUUGCGGGGAAUAUAGCACCGGUUGAUCACAGAUGGAACCAGCACGGGCUAGGAGGGGACAAUUAUAGGGGGUUGUGCCGGAAUUUGCAUCCUGGUCCGGUAAGUUUGUUGCACUGGAGCGGGAAAGGGAAGCCAUGGAUGAGACUGGACACAAACCGAGCCUGCCCGUUGGAUGCUUUAUGGGCUCGUUAUGAUCUGCUUCAAACACCCUAUGCUUUUGAAGCUUAGAAGUUAGAUUUACCUUAUGUUUUACUGGAUCAAUUAAGUCUCUGCAAUACUUAGGUACGUACUAACUUUUUUACACAAAAAAAAUAUAUAUAUAUAUAUAUUUAUAUUUCAAGAAUAAAUCUUAGAUUUUUAGAUCUAAGAUUGGGUGGUGUUGAGAUACGUAAUACAGCACUAAAGUUAACACUUGUAGCCGUUAAAUCUAUGGUACCAUAUAUUUGUAUAGAGUUUGAAUCAAUAUACAGUGGUGUACUGU